UCUCACCAGCUGUUCUUUCCAACCAGAUCCUCUCCUCAUUCCUGCUUCUUUUCAAUCCCAAUCUCUCAAUAUAAUCCUAAUCUUUGUGUUUUUUCAUCAUAACGUUAUCGCCAUCCAAUUCAAACUGGUUACCAACCAAAGGGUUUGAUUUCUGUAUCUUUUUUAGGGUUUGAUUCUACUGUUUUUUUGCUUUAGAGGAGAUCAGAAUCGGAGAGAUGGAUACAAGCAGGAGAGCGGUGGAAUCCUACUGGAGGUCAAAGAUGAUUGAUGUGGCGACUUCUGAUGAAGAUAAAGUCACCCCUGUUUAUAAGUUGGAAGAAAUUUGCGAGCUUCUUCGUUCUUCGCAUGUCUCAAUCGUGAAAGAAAUCUCCGAGUUUAUAUUCAAGCGUCUCCAACACAAGUCACCCAUUGUCAAGCAAAAGGCUUUGAGAGUGAUCAAGUAUGCAGUAGGAAAAUCUGGUGGGGAUUUCAAGAGAGAAAUGCAAAGGAACUCGGUGGCUGUGCGUCAGCUAAUUCACCAUAAGGGACAACCUGAUCCUUUGAAGGGUGAUGCACUUAAUAAGUCUGUUAGGGAAACUGCCCAAGAAGCUUUAUCAGCUAUAUUUGCUGGAGAAGACAGCACUAAGCCACCACCUAAAGAAGGUCUUACACAGAGAAUAGAAGGGUUUGGGAAUACCAACUUUGACAUGCCACCUGAUGAUAACAAGUCGUUUCUUAGUGGGGUGGUUGGCAUUGGAAGUGCAACGAUUAAGCAGGGAUUGAAUAGUUUAACACAAGGUCAAACCCAAAGUAAGAAUAAAACAGGAACUUACAGGAGCCCAAAUCUGAGAAGAUCGUUGACUAAUGAAACCAGUUACUCUGGUAGCAAUGAACGUCACAAUGAAACCAUGCCUUCGUCCCGGGUGUCAACAGAUAUCUCUGGACAUUGGGGUCAAGAGCUAAAAAUAACUCAGACUGAUAAUACAGGUGGGAGUUCGGGUUCAAAUUCUUCACGUGAAAAGAGUCGUGAAGAGAGAUUGCUAGAGACCAUUGUAACACCUGGUGGCAUCCGUCUACAACCCACUCGAGAUGCUCUUCAAGCAUUUCUGGCAGAGGCCUCAAAACUGAAUGCACUUGCUUUAAGUAAGGCACUUGAAGCAAAGCUGCAAUCUCAUAUGUGGCAGGUCUGUGUGAAAGGAUUAUGUGUGCUUGAGGCAAUUUUGAGGAAGAAAGAUGAUGAACAUUUUUCCAUUGUUGCUUCUUACUUCACUGAGAAUAUAGAUGCUGUGGUCCAAUGCUCUGAAUCUCCCCAAGCGUCUGUGAGGGAGAAGGCAAAUAAGGUCUUGAGCAUUCUCAAUGGAGAGCAAAGUGGUAGCAGGAUGAGUCAGCCAGACAGAAAUUUGAAAACUGAAAAAACUGUAGUUCAGAUGCCGGACUUAAUAGAUACCAACGAUCCAAAUGGAAAUGAACACUCUUUCAGCAUGAAGGAUGAGAGCAGUGCAUCUCUGAUUGAUGGGUUUCUUGGUGAUGGUCUGGGUACUGAUGUGCACAACAAUCAACCUGGAAACAAUGAUGAUCCCUUUGCAGAUGUUUCGUUUCAUGGCCAAAGCAAUAAAGAAGAACAUGAAUCAGCCGAUAUCUUUUCAGGAAUGGCUACUGUUGACAAACCAGGAGCUGUUUUCACACAGACCAUGGCAAGUGGAAGUGGACCGGAGCUAUUUGAUAUAUUUGGUUCUGACUCCGGAAUUCCUCAAGGCAGCCAAGGAAAUGCUAAAGAUGAUCUCAACGAUUUGAUGGCUGGUUUGUCAGUAAAUGGGAAUGAGUCAUCAUCAUUGCAGAAUGGAACCUCUCUAGGGGGACCAACUGAAACACUAUUUUCAGAUUCUACAGCGAACCCAAAUCCGCAGAUGAGUGAUGUUUUAAGUAACAUACUUCAAUUCCAGGCACCUGGGAUAACUCCAAAUCCAAUAUUUCCUAUCGAUCCUAAGUUAUAUAAUGGUCAAUCUUCUGGAUUGAUGUUCAAUCCUAUGGCAUUUGGUUCUCAACCGAUUAACUAUGGUGCCAUGAGCAACCUUUUAGCCCAGCAGCAAUUUUUAUCAACAAUGACUAACUUGCAACAACAGACAGGGAACUUGCAAUCCCAGAAUAUUGGUCCAACAAGCAAUCCUUCUGGAACUCAAGUUGGGGGAUAUACUUCAGCUCUUCCAGAUAUUUUUAAUCCAAUCAUUGCAAGUCAAGCUCCUACGUCAACAAUGAAUGCAUCAAAGAAAGAUGAUACUAGAGCAUUUGAUUUCAUAUCAGAUCAUCUUGCUGCAUCUCGUGACCCGAACAGGGUAAACUGAAAGAAAGAUUGGGUGAUCCCUUUGAUACAUGAACGGGAUUAGCCAAUGGCGAAGGCGUAACAUAUGUUAAUUUGGGAAAGUAGAUAUUAUCUCGCGAUGUUAUCAUGUAUAUUGAAGUGGAUGUAGAUGGCUGUGUUGAAGUGCGUAGAUAUGAUUGUCAAGAACUGAUGUCUGCAAUCAAAGUAGUCAUCAGGAAGAGGAGUCAAAGAGUGACGAAUGUUGGAAAAUUUACAGUUUUCUUCAAGGAUGUGUUAUGAACCAAUCACAGUCGUUCGUUUUCAAAUUGGAAUAUGUCAAUAAGUCGGUAAGUGUUUUUUUUUUUGGCAUUAUCAGGUCUUCUUCUAGUUGAUUGUUAAAAAUGGCAGACAUGAUGCCACUGAGUCAUGCAAUCAAGUUUAAGGUGUGCAACUAUCUUUUAUUGCAUAAUGGUUGAAUGGAUGUAACCCAGAAUAUGGUGGGAUUUGGUGUUUGA